AUGGAGCGCCAGUACCUCACACUCGCGCUGCUGCUGCUCGCGGUCACCAUCUCGACGUCCGCCGUGACCACAACGAAGCACGGCACGCUCAUUAUCAGCAACGCGGACCGCAGCCUGACGGUCGACAAUUACACCAUCCACGGCAAGACCAUCGUCGACAACGAAACCAAAGCCAUCGUCAAGCCAAAGAAAAACCCCGACGGUUCGCUCACGGUUGAGGGCAAGUACACGUGGUACCCGAAUGGGACCAUCGUCGCGCCUGGUGUGACUAUAGCGGUCGCCGGCAAGGCCAGCUACGUGCAAAUCGCGAAGACGAAGCUGUUCGGCAUUGACGGCGUCGCGCGGGACGCCGCGACAAACAAUGUGAUCCCGUGGAUUGAGGACGACGCCGCGAAGACGUUCACUGCCGGCGACAUCACGGGCUGGUCGAACGGCACGUUCCUCGGUUCUAACGGCGUCGUGCUGCGAACGCGCCUCAGAUUCAAGCCAUCGAACGGCACCCGCGGCGGCGGGAGCACAGGUGCUCCCAGCCCCAGCCCCGCCCCCAGCCCCAUCCCCAGUCCCAGCCCCGCCCCCAGCCCAAGCACCCCCCCAGCAUCUCAUACUCCCUCCUCCCCUUCUGCCCCACCGCCACCACCUAAGCCUGCUGGUUCUCUCGCCUCACCAGUCACUGUCUUGGCCACUGCCAUUGCUGUUGCCCUCACCUCUCUGCUCUUUGCGUAG